ACCGGUAGGAUUGGAUCGAACCAAAGGAAAGGAAUGUACGGAGGAGAGAAAGAGGGUGAGCAGUAGACAUCAAAUCACACCAUCCACCACCACCACCACCACCACGAUGGUCGCUCCCUCCCCCCGAAAGGAAAGCUUUCAAUUCGUUGAUGCAUCGGUGAAAGCUCUUUCCUAUCCUUUUUGCUUUAUGCAACAUAUAAAAUAUUAUCGUUCUCGCCGAUGCCAAUUUUGAGGGGUACCAAGUUGAGUAAAGCUGUUGCCUUUGGGCAUCGGAACACUUUCCCCUGCCGCCUUUUUGCCUCAUCCCCGACUACGUUUUGUGGACUUUGGAAGAAGUAAACGGGACGGAGAAAGCCAUAUAUAUUAUAUAGAGGAUGUGGAAAGAAGAGAAAAAAGAUUGGAUUUUGAGGGUGGGAAGGACAUAAAGUUGUGUUUUUACCGAGCCCAAAGGGGUAAAUAAACGUAUCGGCCUUUGGAUGGAAGGAAUGUGGGAUCUCAACAGCACGGCCUCAUUGGCGGUGGAGGAGGACGACGACUCUCCUGCAGCCUCAGCCGCUGGGGACGGCGGCGAGGAGGAUAGCAGGAAUGUAGCGGCGGCCUCCUCUGCCGAGGCCGAGAACAAUGCCUCCAGCCCUUCCGCCCUCAUCAUCGAGGCUUCCGAUGAAGGGGAGGCAGACGGCAGCGCCGGUAAAGUCUUCGGAUUCUCCAUCUCCCGCCACCGCGAGGAUAGCCCCUGCGGGGAGAGAGAGCCCGCGAUCGUCACCCACGAGUUCUUUCCUUUGAACGGCAAAGCAGACGCUCGGGGCGGCCGCGGGGCAGGCUGUGGUGCUUUGCCACCGCGGCCGCCCCCUAGUUCGCACUGGGCCGGCGUCAGCUUCUGCCACUCGUCGGAGCGGGUGGUGGUCGGGAAGCCGGCGGAGGUUCCCCAACAGGUGAAGAAGAGCCGCCGCGGGCCGAGGUCGAGGAGCUCCCAGUACCGCGGCGUGACCUUCUACCGGAGGACCGGCCGAUGGGAAUCCCACAUAUGGGACUGUGGAAAGCAGAUCUAUUUGGGUGGAUUCGACACUGCGCAUGCUGCUGCUAGGGCAUAUGACCGCGCUGCCAUAAAGUUUCGGGGAGUGGAUGCAGAUAUAAACUUCGAUCUGGACGAUUACGAGGAGGAACUAAAACAGAUGAGCGAUCUCACAAAGGAGGAGUUUGUUCAUGCUCUUCGACGCCAAAGCACAAGCUUUCCAAGAGGCAGCUCCAAGUACAGGGGUGUCACCUUGCACAAAUGUGGGAGAUGGGAGGCUAGAAUUGGCCAGUUCCUGGGGAAGAAAUAUGUUUAUCUUGGCCUCUUUGACACCGAAAUCGAAGCUGCCAGAGCUUAUGACAAGGCUGCAAUCAAGUGCAGUGGCAAGGAAGCGAUAACAAACUUUGAUCCGAGCAUCUACUUGAACGAGCUCAAUAUCCAGACUGGCACGAUUGAGCAUAAUCUGGACCUUAGUCUGGGGAGCUCAGGAUCCAACAGGAAUAACCUUGAUCAAAGAGACAAAGGCUCUAGUGGAAUGGACCAAGGAGUUCGAAUUGGUCCCGAGCCAGAAUGGAGUCGCAACACCAGAUCGAAGUUUCAUGGGAAGCUUAAGCUGCCUGAAGAUAAAGCAAACGGGAGUUAUAAAUCACAAAACAUUAGCUUCCUUCAUUCUCCGACUCUCUUUGAGGCCAAUGAGAUGUGCAAUCACCAACAGCUUCGAAGCAAUGGUGAGACACUUCCAAUAGUCCAAAUCAUACCGCAGCAGUUUAAUCCCCCUUUAUUUCAUCAAUAUGCAAGCAACAGGGAAGGAGCAAGGACUUCUGUCGCGCUUUCUUCAUUGACUGCUGGUGAGCGACACCAGAGUCAUUUAGGUCAGGUGAAAGGCAGCAUGACUUGGUUGUUGCCCGCCAUGCCAUCAUCUCAAUUGUUCUCGGCCACCACUUCUGCAGCAUCAUCAGGAUUCCCACCACAAGUAACAGCGCUGCCAUCCAAUUUGCAGCAGAAGAAUGAGUGUCAAUCUUCCGUGAGACACAGCUGAAACAAAGUGCGGUUCAGUGGUGGAAUCCACCACUAUGCUGACGAAAGACCCAUUUUGGCUUUGUUUUGUUGCAGUUUUAAACCAAACAACUACUAGAAAGCAUUAAAACUUUGUCAAACUUUUGAGUGCAAAUGAGACAGCAAAAGUGGCAAGAAGGGUGGGAAGAACUGAUGUAGCAUCAUAUCAGAAGACAAGAUGCCUUCAUUUGAAGUGGUAUUCUGAAGUUUAAAGAAGGGUUGUAGUAUUACAAAUCUUCAUGUAGUUUGGUCUUCUACUUUGCUCUCUCUAACAUUUUGCCUGCAAAAUUUGGUGGUAAAUGGAGACCAGAGAAAAAUGAAUGAUAGUGUUGUAAAACCCACACAUAUUUGGGAGUCUAUAUUUGAAUUAUUUUACACAUGUUUCA